AAUAGAUUUAUAAGCUAAUAAUUGAGAUUGAGAUUGAGAUUGGGAGUCUCUUUCUUCAGUUCUUCUGAUCGCGGUGGGGACUUCUCUUCUCGUAUUUGGGUUAUAUCUAACCAGCUCCACCACCUACAUCCGGCACCACCAUCGAUCUUCACGUCUACUGUCACUCUUCCACAUUUCUAUGAAAUACAAACAAUCAACAUCAAAUCCAGCAAGAUCAGCCUUCACAUCUUAAAUGGAUUCACAGCUCAAAGACUUAUCUUCAAAACCCCAAUCUCCCACUUCUCAACCCAAUCUCGAAGACGCUUCCGAUAAUGACGAUCUCCCCCUCCUCAGCCCCACCACCGCCACCACCACCACCACCGAUGACGACAAAUCUGACUCCUCCACACCCCGCCCCAGCAUCGAAGAGCUCGAGAAGAAAUACGCCGCGUAUGUCCGACACGAUGUGUAUGGCACCAUGGGGUGUGGAGAGCUACCCUGGCCGGAAAAGGUUUUGUUAGGAAUUGCGCUCGUCACGCUCCUCCCUCUGCGGGUGGUGUUGGCGACGACGGUGGUUGUGCUGUAUUACUUGAUCUGUAGGGUUUGUACUCUGUUUAUGGCACCAAAUCGGGAAGACGAACAGGAGGAUUACGCUCACAUGGGUGGGUGGAGGAGAACUGUUCUCUAUUGGUCUGGAAGGGUUCUUUCUAGGAUUAUGCUUUUCGCAUUCGGAUUUUAUUGGAUUCAGGAGACUUGCAGGAAUCCAAAAAUCAAUGGAAGUAUCAACAAUGAGGUGGAUUUGAAUGAGCAAUCUGAGGAAGAAGAUGAACGACCUGGAGUAAUCAUAUCAAACCAUGUUUCACAUUUGGAUAUUUUGUACCAUAUGUCUUCCUCAUUUCCAAGUUUUGUUGCCAAGAGAUCAGUGGGCAAGCUUCCUCUGGUUGGCCUUAUAAGCAAGUGUCUUGGUUGUGUAUAUGUCCAGCGGGAGUCAAAAUCAUCAAAUACAAAGGGCGUUUCAGCUGUGGUGAACGAGAGAAUUCAGGAAGCCCACGAAAAUAAGUCUGCACCCAUGAUGAUGCUUUUUCCAGAAGGAACAACUACAAAUGGGGAUUAUAUACUUCCAUUUAAAACCGGUGCAUUUUUGGCAAAAGCACCUGUUCUUCCUGUUAUUUUGAAAUAUCCUUAUGAAAGAUUUAGCCCUGCCUGGGAUUCCAUAUCUGGGGUGCGGCAUGUGAUUUUGCUGUUAUGUCAAUUUGUAAAUAAGAUGUCGGUAACACGGUUGCCAGUUUAUUACCCCUCACAAGAAGAGAAGGACAAUCCUAAAUUAUAUGCCGAAAAUGUUCGCAGAUUGAUGGCUCGUGAGGGUAACUUAAUAAUGUCAGAUAUUGGUUUGGCAGAGAAACGAAUAUAUCAUGCGGCUCUCAAUGGUUUGUUUUUUCAACGUAUUAGAUUAGAUUGGGACCCUCACUGA